GCAGCCAGACCCGCUGGCAUCACCGCUCUGCAGCCAGACACCCUCCUUUGUCAGCCCUGGGGGGCCAGGCCCUGCAUGGGGACACGGGCACGGGCCUGGCUUUAGGGCUUUAGUCCUGCCUGCUGUCCCCUGGGCUGGCUGGAGGAGGGGGUGACACCUGGGGGCUCAGGUGGGCAGCAGAGCCCCCGGCAGCCGGGGGAGAUGAGCUCGCAGGAUGAGCAGUUCCCAGCAGCAGCAGCAGCCCCCGAGGCAGCGGGCGCCGAUGAGGGCAUGACCUGGUGGUACAGGUGGCUCUGCAGGAUUGCCGGGGUCAUCGGGGGCAUGUCCUGUGCCUUUGCUGGUCUCUGGAACUGUGUCACCAUCAACCCCCUGAACAUCGCAGCCGGCGUGUGGAUGAUGCUCAACGCCUUCGUCCUGUUCCUGUGCGAGGCCCCUUUCUGCUGCCAGUUCAUCGAGUUCGCCAACGCCGUGGGCGCCAGGGCCGACCGGCUGCGGGCUUGGCAGAAAGCAGCUUUCUACUGCGGGAUGGCCGUGUUCCCCGUCGUGCUCAGCCUGACGCUCACCACGCUCCUGGGCAACGCCAUCGCCUUCGCCACCGGCGUGCUCUACGGUCUGUCGGCCCUUGGAAAGAAGGGAGAUGCCAUCUCCUACGCCCGCAUCCACCAGCAGCAGAAGCAGAUGGAUGAGGAGAAGCUGACGGGGAGCCUGGAGGGACAGGCUCUCUGAAGGACACCAGCUCGGGGCAGCAUCUCCUGGACACUGAGGUGGUGACGAUGUGGAAGUCCACUCUGCCCUUCCCUCUGUCCUCUCCACUCCCUGCUGCACCACGAGUGCCCUGGACACUGCAGCAACUGGAAAUCUCAGGGGCUGGGCAGGCUGUGUGCUCUCCUCACACCAGCAGCCAGACCUCAGCACAUCGCUCCUUCUCUCCUCAGCCCUCAUCCCAAACACUGCUCCUAUUAUUUAAUAUUUUCUUUUUGCUGCAGAGGUGCUGGCUCUCUGAGUGCUGCUUUCCCACCCUUUCUUUUGUUUUGUUUUUAUGGACUGCCCUCUGGAUGGGUGAGGAGGGACAGAGGACCUGCCAGUGCAGAUUCCACGUGUUUAGGAGCACUCCCUGGCAUGGCCCUUCCCAGGUACAACACCUAACCCAGGGUUUGCAGAACUCCCUGCUGCUCAAGCUUGGUCUUCUUCCACUAUUUUAAUUAUGGGACCAAGCACUGGAGGCAUCACUGCACGGGAAAGGAUUUCCAGCAAAAACCCAUCUAAAGAAAAAUCCAUUUCUGCAGGGGAGCUACCAGAGCUGCUGGGCCUGCAAUGCACAGUCCCUGCUUCCUCUGGAUACAGCUGCAGGCAGUGACUGCCAUUUACUUGAAUUAUGAGAAUUAAUUACUUUUUCUUAAUAAGGGCACUUUUCUUAAGCUUCACUCUUUUACUGGGGCACAAGGGAAACAAUAUUUGCUGUACCACAGCUGAAAAGGAUAUUGUUUCUUGAGCCAAGUGGGAAUUUUGCUGGUGUGGGAGUCACUGAUGUGCAGGAGCAUUCCUGGGACUCUGUUCCUGCAUCCCUCUGUGAAGGGACCUGCUCUGCUUGCCUGGUGCAGCCUUUGUCUUUGGGAUUGUGGUUUUUUGCAUCAAUCCUGAGCUGGUUUUGUAUGGGAAGGUGGCACAUCUUCCCUGUGCAAACAGAGAGGAGGCUGCACCAUUUCAGUGUGGACAGCUGGGAUAUUUUACUUUGCUAUUCCAGGCUUUUCUGUGGUUUUCACAUUGUAUUUUCUGUUUGCUUUGUACCAAGCAGUACAAAACUGCUCACUAAGUCCAGACCCCCCCCUCUUUUCAUCCCAGUUUCUCCUGGGGAUUUUAAUUUAUUUGAUUUUUAUAUGGUUGCUUUUUGUUUUGAUUAGGAAAAAGGGGAAUAAUUUAUUUCUAGUUAUUUAAGUACUUUGAUGGGACUCAUUUUCUCUGGAUAUAGGAGGAGUGCUCUGUUUCCUGUCCUUCACAGGGCUGCCUCAUUUCACCAGGGGUCUCUGAGAACAGGGAGAGACCUGGCUGCUGCAAAAUCCACUCUCAGCCUUCAGAGUAUUUCUCAGACUCUCCAAAAAACCUGUGCUGUCCUUUGAUCCCUUUGUCUUGUUCUGGGCCACAAACUUGACAAACUGUGUUUUCCCCCUCUUCUGGGAGAGAAAAGGGAGGAAAACUGGGACAAAACUGCUGGAUUGGGACAGCCACCAGCACUCUGUGUCCCUGUUUGAAUCCUUGUGUACAGAGGGCUUGUGCUGUGCUCUGAGAAACGCUGCUGGAGGCCAGUGCUCUCUGUCAGAGGGCUCUGUCCAUGCUGGAAACUCUCCUUACACCCUGCUCUUCCUCAAGCUGCCAGCUCCUGUGAGCUGCUGCUUCUUCCCUGGAGCUCAGGAGCUGUCAGGAUUCCCACCAGUCAGGAUUCCCACCAGUCAGGAUUUCCAGAGGCUCCAGCCUCUGGAUGUGGGCACAUUUUUUAUGCAAAGCCCCUUCCCCCCCACUUUGAACUGGGAUUGCUCCAACAAUCUGUGUCUGGGACGCAGAGCAGGCACCACCAGCCUGGAUUUUUUUUCCCAUAAAGGCAGCUUUUUUCCCUCAAAGCUGUGCUGGUUUGGAGCCCCCAGCCCUUGGCUGAUCCCUGGUGCUGGAUGCAAUGCAGGGGCCACAGCCUCCUGCUGCCUGCAGGUUUGGAUGCUGCAGGAGCAAUGUGGAAUAACCUCGGGGUGCUGGUGCUGCCUCAGGAAUGGGCAGGUGCUUUGAUUUCAGGGGGGUGUGGGGAGUUGUGUAGUGUUUAGUAGAGGAAUGUUGCAGACUGAUGCAUGUCAGUGUCUCUGGUAGUGACAGCUUUGCUCCGUGAGUAGUUCUGCAGUAGCUUUAGAGUCAGGAGGCCAAAGGCAAAGCAGAGCUCAGGGACUGAGCCUUGCAGGGUGGGACCCUCACCUGCCACUCCUCCUGCCGUGGUCCCUGGGGCUGGGGCAGGUGGGCUCUGCUCCAGGGCACCUGCAGGGUCCCCUCUGCUCCCCUGGCACCGAGGCAGAAGUCCCAGCAGUGCUGCCACAGCGUUUUGUGGCAGCAGGGUCUGACCCUGGGGCUGAGGCCAGGGAGAAAUCUGCAUCAAUCUGCCACCAGGAGCAGGUGGCAAAGCUCAGCCCCGAGCUGGAAAUGGGCCUCAGGGACUCCCCUGAGAGCUGAGCUGCAGCCUUUGGCCACAGUGCUUGAAGUGUCCCUGCCUGUCACCACUGGAGGUGGCUCAGAUCCGUGCUCCAAGGGUGGUGACUCCUACAGGGGCCUCUGGAGUGGGAACCCUUGGGAAUUUUGGCUGUCUGGAACCAAGCCAGACGCUGCCAGCAUUGCAGACAGCCUUGGUGACAGCACCUCUGGCUUGCAGGAGCUGUAGUGGCACUCAGUGGAUGGUCUCACCUCCAUGUCGGCCCGUUUUUGGUGGAGAUAGGAAGGAGCUUUAGAGUAGAGUAGCACCACAGUAGUUAAAUGCCAGUGCAUGGUGGAUGUUAGUUGUGUUUAGAGGCACCCUCGGGGUGCUCGGAGCUGUGCAAGGACAAAUGAAGUUCAAACCCUGCUCAGAGGCUCAACCCAAGCUGGGUUGCUGAUCCACAGGGGCUCUGUGGGGCAGGGUCUGCUCCCCAGGCCUCAGGAAGGAGCUGCUCUGAGGGCUCAGGGAGGGGUGACACGCUGAGGACAGUGAGCACCAAGAGUGGCAGGAGCCCUGGGGAGCAGUGGCCUGUCACACACCGGUCACCAGGGCAGCAUUUAUGCACCGUGCCACUCUUCCAUGCCUCUGCCACUCAUGGGUGGCAGCUCCGUGUCCCCUGGGGCUGCCCACGGGGCGUGAAGAGCAGGACAGAGCUCGCUGCUCUGGGCUGGAGCUGCUUCUGUAACACCCAUUGAUUCCCUGUGUGUGCAGUGAAUAAAAACACCAUUCUACCUCUGGAAGAGCCACUGUGAUUUCUCACACUCCAAAGGUUGUAGCAAGAGCCCUGGGACUCGCUGUGCUGAAGGAAGGAGGUCACUCAGAAAAUGCUUCUCCAGUGAAGUUCUCUCAGGAGCUGAAGAGUCCAGCCUCAUUUCCUAGUGGGGCAUUUCCUCCUUAGGCUGAGCCCUGGGAAGCUCAAUUCAUCUCUGUCAUUUUUUCCUCAGGAAAAAACAUCCACUGUCUUCAGGGAAGGGUUUCACUGAAGUGAAGAUAUCAAGACCUGGUCCAUAGCCAUGUGAGAAAGAGAAUGCUCGAGCACAGGGCUGCCAGAAAUCCUGAUCUUCAGAAAGUCAGUGGAAACCAGAGGCUCUUGAGACCUCUUGUAGUCAGGCCAUGCUUAGCAAAAGUUGUGUUCCAGCCAGGGCUGAACAUCUUUCUGGAAAAGGGUCUCAGCAGCAGAGGGUAGGUUUAAUACUGAAUGUUUUCUGUGUUUUUUAUUUUGGCCCACCACUCUCCCUCUGUCCUAGGCUGUUUUAAAUUAAUGCUGUGAUAAAGCACAUCUUCUCUUAGGUGAUUUCUCAUCUCCUGCUGCAGGAGAUCAGAAUGGCAGCUGGCACAUCUGGAGGGCUGGCUCAGACAUGCUGUUUUACCCCUGCUUCCUCAGGACAGCAGGCUGAAUGUCCCAGGAAUAGCCCUUGGGCUGCCAAGUGCAUUUCAGGAGCUUGGACAAAUGCUUGGGCACAUCAUGUCCCAGCUCAGCCUUUGUGCUUCUGCCCUUUUGGGAGGAGUCAGGUUGGACUGAGCAAGGCCCUUUGUUCCUCACAGCCAUAACCACCUCCUGCAGCCGUGUUUUACCUCGGGUUAGCUCUAAAAAAUAAUUAUGAAAGGUUCUUAAUCUUGCAGGACACACAGGAAAGAGGUAAGACUGAUUUGCUACUAACUAUGCAGUUGAAAUCUAAAAGUGAUAGAGGUGGAGGCACAUCCACCUCCCUCUUUGUGGGUCAACCCCAGGGUGGGAAGGACCCACCCCAGCACAAAGUGUUGUCAGUACUCACUGUGUCUUUCCCACAGGGAAUCACUUGCACUACAGCUGGAUGUCUGUUCCCAUUCUUUUGUCCUGGUUUUUCUUUGUGAACUGUAUUUGGUCUUAUUCAUUAGGCUUCUAGUGUAAUGUGUGUUUUUAGAGCAAUAAAACGUGGCAGCUUUUUAUACAAAA